AUGGCUCUAUUCCGAAACUUCAUGGGACAAGAUUUUGUUCAGAGUGAGAGGUAGCUCAAGCUGGAGGAGGACAAGAACCAGUUGUCCAAGGGCUUAGACCCUUGGAGCAACCCUACCGCCGCCACCACCACCAGCACCUUGCACUACCUGCUCCAGGAGAAGGAGAGAGCGCAGGCCCAGGAGCAGCUCCAGAUCUACCACCAGCAAGCAGCGUUCGGCGGCUACCUCCACCAACACCACCGGAGGCAGCAGCAGCUGCAGCAGGCAGCCAGGGAUGGCGGCAGCAGCGGCGAAUCCACGCCCGUGGACGCCCUGGUCACGGCAUUCGGGAGCGGCCGCAUCGUGCGGUCUGCCGCGGGGCGCAAGGACCGCCACAGCAAGGUGUGCACGGCGCGUGGCCUCCGCGACCGCCGCGUCCGCCUCGCCGCGCACACCGCCAUCCGCUUCUACGACGUGCAGGACCGCCUCGGCUACGACCGCCCCAGCAAGGCCGUCGACUGGCUCAUCCGCAACGCCAAGGCCGCCAUCGAGGAGCUCCCCGACCGGUCCGAGGAGGCGCCGCCCGCCGCGGAUCCCGAGCCGACGUCCGAGCAGGUGACCUCCACGUCGUCCUACGGGUUCGGCAACCCCGCGGGCGGCGGUACUGCCAUGACCAACUCCUUCCUCCAACAUUCUCUCGGCUCAGACCAAGUCUCCGACAACGUCAAGUCCUUGUUUCCCUCCUCGUCCACGGCCACGGCCACCGCCGGCGGCCACGAGGAGUACCGGGGAUCCCCGCCGGAUCUGCUGUCACGCACGACCAGCAGCCAGCCGCAGGAGCUGUGCCUCACCCUCCAGUCCAACCAGCAUAACAUCUUUACCCAUCUAUCUCCCAACCAUCAAGGUGUGAUCUCCAGUGCAGGCGUUCCAGCAGGCUGGCCAGACCACGGCCAGAGAAUGCCGUCGUCAUGGCAUGCCAACGCAGAAGAGGGCCGCGGCGGCGGCAACGGCGACGGCUUCAUCUUUGCAGGCAUACCGCCGCGGCAUGGGUUGGACCAGAGCCAGCUCUUCUCGUCCCAUGGGGAACCCCUUCAGUCCAGCGGUGGCGGCUGGCCCGCGUCGGCUCGCGCCUGGCUAGACCCUCUCGCCGCGAUGCACCAUCCGUCGCAAAUGUCUGGGCAGAUCGGAUUCAGCCAUCUGGUGGGUGGCGGCGGAGGCGGGUUUAUGGGUUUCCUCGCGCCGGCUGCACAACGACUCCAGCUCCAGGGCGAGGAGGAGGAAGGAAGUGAAGUGAUGCGAAGAGACUGAUGAACCGACCGGCUGGUUGAUUUCUGGCAUCAGGUGUGAGAUAUCUCUUUCUGUUAACACAUCUCAUUUCAUCCGGUGAUCAGCUGUAUGUUAUUUCAUGUAGGGGUUUAUGUGAUCAGAAUCAGAUGAUUUCCCAUUAGCCGUUACUACUAUAUUCAUGCAUGUACAACUAAGGCUUAAUCAAGAGUACGUUCCCUUGGAACUAGACAGCUUUACUGUUGCAUUAGUUGAUGUUGCUAUUUUCUCCCCUUUAAUUUAUUGUAUUCUCGGCAUGGACAA